AUGGGUGCCCUGAGCACAUGCCGGAUGCUGGUGUUGGCUCUGGCGGCCGUGCUCCUGGUGCAGCAGGCAGAGACCCAGGGCCCUGCGGAGCCGAGUUGGGGCAGUGCAGGGCACACCACAGAUGGCGGUGCCCCGACGUCCUCACCCACCCGGCGUGUGAGCUUUGUUCCACCCGUCACUGUCUUCCCCAGCCUGAGCCCCCUGAACCCGGCACACAAUGGGCGGGUGUGCAGCACCUGGGGCGACUUCCACUACAAGACCUUCGACGGUGACGUCUUCCGCUUCCCCGGCCUCUGCAACUACGUGUUCUCCGAGCACUGCGGCGCUGCCUAUGAGGACUUCAACGUCCAGCUACGCCGAGGCCUGGUGGGCUCCAGGCCUGUGGUCACCCGUGUUGUCAUCAAGGCCCAGGGGCUGGUGCUAGAGGCGUCCAAUGGCUCUGUCCUUGUCAAUGGGCAGCGGGAGGAGCUGCCUUACAGCCGCACUGGGCUCCUGGUGGAGCAGAGCGGGGACUAUGUCAAGGUCAGCAUCCGGCUGGUCCUGACCUUCCUGUGGAAUGGAGAGGACAGUGCCCUGCUGGAGCUGGACCCCAAAUACGCCAACCAGACCUGUGGCCUGUGCGGGGACUUCAACGGCCUCCCAGCCUUCAACGAGUUCUAUGCCCACAACGCCAGACUGACCCCGAUCCAGUUUGGGAACCUGCAGAAGUUGGAUGGGCCCACAGAGCAGUGCCCGGACCCGCUGCCCUUGCCGGCCAGCAACUGCACAGAUGAGGAAGGCAUUUGCCACCACACCCUGCUGGGGCCGGCCUUUGCGGAGUGCCACGCACUGGUGGACAGUGCCCCAUACCUGGCUGCCUGCGCCCAGGACCUGUGCCGCUGCCCCACCUGCCCGUGCGCCACCUUUGUAGAAUACUCACGCCAGUGCGCCCACGCGGGGGGCCAGCCGCAGAACUGGAGGCGCCCUGAGCUCUGCCCCCGGACCUGCCCCGUCAACAUGCAGCACCGGGAGUGUGGCUCACCCUGCGUGGACACCUGCUCCAACCCCCAGCGCGCGCAGCUCUGCGAGGACCACUGCGUGGACGGCUGCUUCUGCCCCCCAGGCACGGUGCUGGAUGAUGUCACGCACUCUGGCUGCCUGCCCCUCGGGCAGUGCCCCUGCACCCACGGUGGCCGCACCUACAGCCCAGGCACCUCCGUCAACACCACCUGCAGCUCCUGCACCUGCUCUGGGGGGCUGUGGCAGUGCCAGGACCUGCCGUGCCCUGGCACCUGCUCCGUGCAGGGUGGGGCCCACAUCUCCACCUACGACGAGAAACUUUACGACCUGCAUGGCGACUGCAGCUACGUUCUGUCCAAGAAAUGUGCUGAUGGUAGUUUCACCGUGCUGGCUGAGCUGCGGAAGUGCGGACUGACGGACAAUGAGAACUGCCUGAAGGCCGUGACGCUCAGCCUGGACGGCGGGGACACAGCCAUCCGGGUCCAGGCAGACGGCAGCGUGUUCCUCAACUCCAUCUACACACAGCUGCCCCUGUCGGCAGCCAACAUCACCCUGUUCACACCCUCGAGCUUCUUCAUCGUGGUGCACACAGGCCUCGGGCUGCAGCUGCUGGUGCAGCUGGUGCCGCUCAUGCAGGUGUUUGUCAGACUGGACCCCACCCACCAGGGCCAGAUGUGCGGCCUGUGUGGGAACUUCAACCAGAACCAGGCUGACGACUUCGCAGCCCUCAGCGGGGUGGUGGAGGCCACAGGCGCAGCCUUUGCCAACACCUGGAAGGCCCAGGCCGCCUGCACCAAUGCCAGGAACAGCUUUGAGGACCCCUGCUCCCUCAGUGUGGAGAAUGAGAACUACGCCCGGCACUGGUGCUCACGCCUGACUGACCCCACCGGCUCCUUCUCCCGCUGCCACUCCGUCAUCAACCCCAAGCCCUUCCACUCGAACUGCCUGUUUGACACCUGCAACUGUGAGCGGAGCGAGGACUGCCUGUGCGCCGCGCUGUCCUCCUAUGUGCACGCCUGCGCCGCCAAGGGCGUGCAGCUCAGCGGCUGGAGGGACGGCGUCUGCACCAAGUACAUGCAGAACUGCCCCAAGUCCCAGCGCUACGCCUACGUGGUGGACACCUGCCAGCCGACUUGCCGUGGCCUGAGUGAGGCCGACGUCACCUGCAGCGUUUCCUUUGUGCCUGUGGACGGCUGCACCUGCCCCACGGGCACCUUCCUCAAUGACGCGGGGGCCUGUGUGCCCGCCCGGGAGUGCCCCUGCUAUGUUCACGGUACCGUGCUGGCUCCCGGAGAGGUCGUGCACGACGAAGGCGCUGUGUGUUCGUGUGAGGGUGGGAAGCUGAGCUGCCUGGGAGCCUCUCUGCAGAAAAGCACAGGGUGUGUGGCCCCCAUGGUGUACCUGAACUGCAGCAACAGCUUGGCGGGCACCCCUGGGGCCGAGUGCCUCCGGAGCUGCCACACACUGGACGUGGGCUGUUUCAGCACACACUGCGUGUCCGGCUGUGUCUGUCCACCGGGGCUGGUGUCAGACGGGAGUGGGGGCUGCAUCGCCGAGGAGGACUGCCCCUGUGUGCACAACGAGGCCACCUACAAGCCUGGAGAGACCAUCAGGGUCGACUGCAACACCUGCACCUGCAGGAACCGGAGGUGGGAGUGCAGCCACCGGCUCUGCCUGGGCACCUGCGUGGCCUACGGGGACGGCCACUUCAUCACCUUUGAUGGCGAGCGUUACAACUUUGAAGGCAGUUGCGAGUACAUCCUGGCCCAGGACUACUGUGGGGACGACGCCACCCACGGGACCUUCCGCAUCGUCACUGAGAACAUCCCCUGUGGGACCACCGGCACCACCUGCUCCAAGGCCAUCAAGCUCUUCGUGGAGAGCUACGAGCUGAUCCUUCAGGAGGGCGCCUUUAAGGCAGUGGCGAGGGGGCCGGGAGGGGACCCGCCCUACAAGAUCCGCUACAUGGGGAUCUUCCUGGUCAUCGAGACCCGUGGGAUGGCCGUGUCCUGGGACCGGAAGACCAGCGUGUUCAUCCGACUGCACCAGGACUACAAGGGCAGGGUCUGCGGCCUGUGCGGGAACUUUGACGACCACGCCAUCAAUGACUUUGCCACGCGUAGCCGGUCCGUGGUGGGGGACGCACUGGAGUUUGGGAACAGUUGGAAGCUCUCCCCAUCCUGCCCAGACGCCCUGGCGCCCAAGGACCCCUGCACGGCCAACCCCUUCCGCAAGUCCUGGGCCCAGAAGCAGUGCAGCAUCCUCCACGGCCCCACCUUCGCCGCCUGCCGCUCCGAGGUUGACUCCACCAAGUACUACGAGGCCUGCGUGAACGACGCGUGUGCCUGUGACUCGGGCGGUGACUGCGAGUGUUUCUGCACGGCUGUGGCUGCCUACGCCCAGGCUUGCCACGACGCGGGCCUGUGUGUGUCCUGGCGGACUCCGGACACCUGCCCUUUGUUCUGUGACUUCUACAACCCACACGGGGGCUGUGAGUGGCACUACCAGCCCUGUGGGGCACCCUGCCUAAAAACCUGCCGGAACCCCAGUGGGCACUGCCUGGUGGACCUGCCUGGCCUGGAAGGCUGCUACCCGAAGUGCCCACCCAGCCAGCCCUUCUUCAAUGAGGACCAGAUGAAGUGCGUGGCCCAGUGUGGCUGCUACGACAGGGAUGGAAACUACUAUGACGUUGGCGCAAGAGUCCCCACAGCGGAGAACUGCCAGAGCUGUAACUGCACACCCGGUGGCAUCCAGUGCGCUCACAGCCUUGAGGCCUGCACCUGCACCUAUGAGGACAGGACCUACGGCUACCAGGACGUCAUCUACAACACCACCGAUGGGCUUGGUGCCUGUUUGAUCGCCAUCUGUGGAAGCAACGGCACCAUCGUCAGGAAGGCUGUGGUGUGUCCUGGAACUCCGGCCACAACGCCCUUCACCUUCACCACUAGCUGGGUCCCCCACUCCAUGACAAGCCCGGCCCUCCCGGUCUCCACCGUGUGUGUCCGCGAGGUCUGCCGCUGGUCCAGCUGGUACAAUGGGCACCAGCCAGAGCCUGGUCUGGGAGGUGGAGACUUCGAGACGUUUGAAAACCUGAGGCAGAGAGGGUACCAGGUGUGCCCUGUGCCAGCCGACAUCGAGUGCCGGGCAGGGCAGCUUCCUGACAUGCCACUGGGGGAGCUGGGCCAGCAGGUGGACUGUGACCGCGUGAGGGGGCUGAUGUGCGCCAACAGCCAGCAGAGCCCCCCGCUCUGUCACGACUAUGAGCUGCGGGUUCUCUGCUGUGAAUACGUGCCCUGUGGCCCCUCCCUGGCCCCAGGCACCAGCCCCCAGCCCUCCCUCAGUGCCAGCACGGAGCCUGCUGUGCCUACCCCUACCCAGACCACAGCAACCGAAAAGACCACCCUGUGGGUGAUCCCGAGCAUCCAGUCAACAGCGGCCCUCACCUCACAGACUGGGUCCAGCUCAGGCCCCACGACGGUCACCUCCCUGGCCCCAGGUACCACCACCUGCCAGCCCCGGUGUCAGUGGACAGAGUGGUUUGAUGAGGACUACCCCAAGUCUGAACAACUUGGAGGGGACGUUGAGUCCUACGAUAAGAUCAGGGCCGCAGGAGGGCACUUAUGUGAGCAGCCUAAGGACAUAGAGUGCCAGGCCGAGAGCUUCCCCAACUGGCCCCUGGCUCAGGUGGGGCAGAAGGUGCACUGUGACGUCCGCUUCGGCCUGGUGUGCAGGAACUGGGAGCAGGAGGGCAUAUUCAAGAUGUGCUACAACUACAGGAUCCGGGUCCUGUGCUGCAGUGCCGACCACUGCAGGGGACGAGCCACGACCCCACCACCAGCCACAUCGCUGGAGACGGCCACCACCACCACCACCACCCAGGUCCUGUUCUCAACGCUGCAGUCAACAAGUAGCCUGGGGGUGACCAGCACCACAGCAGUCCCCACCCUCUCAAAAGGACUGACAUCCCCCAGAUACACGGGCACCCUUGGUACAGCCACCACAAGAGGCCCCACGGUUCCUGCAGGCUCCACAGAACCUACUGUCCCAGGGGUGGCCACAUCCAGCCUUCCAACACACUCAGUCCUGCCAGGGACUACGGGGAGUUCGGGCACAUGGCGUCCCUCACAGCCACCCACGUCAGCCCCAACGACAAUGGCAACCUCCAGAGCUCACCUGACAGGCACAGCCAGCUCCGGCUCCAAACAGCCGUUGACCACGAGCCUGGCGCCGACACUCUCGAGCAAUCUGUUAACCUCUCAGGCCGAGACCAGCACCCCCGGGACAGAGAUGACGCUGAGCCCCUUGAAUGAGACCACCACUAGCCAGAGCACUACCCGCUGUCAACCGAAGUGUGAGUGGACAGAGUGGUUCGACGUGGACUUCCCAACCUCAGGGGUCGCAGGUGGGGACAUGGAAACUUUUGAAAACAUCAGGGCUGCUGGGGGCAAGAUGUGCUGGGCACCAAAGAGCAUAGAGUGCCGGGCAGAGAACUACCCCGAGGUAAGCAUCGACCAGAUCGGGCAGGUGCUGACCUGCAGCCUGGAGAUGGGGCUGAUCUGUAAGAAUGAGGACCAGACAGGCAGGUUCAACAUGUGCUUCAACUACAAUGUGCGUGUGCUCUGCUGUGACGACUACAGUCACUGCCCCCGCACAGCCGCCACCAGCUCCACAGCCACCCCCUCCUCCACCUCUGGUACCACCUUGAUCCUCACAGAGCCAACCACUAAAGCCACCAUGACCAUGCCCACUGGCUCCAUGGCCACUGCCUCCUCCAGCCAAGGCACAGCUCACACCCCAAAAGUGCUGACCACCACAACCACGACACCCACAUUCACUGGCUCCAAAGCCACUCCCUCCUCCAGUUCAGGGACUGCACCCACCCUUCCAGCACUGACAAGCACAGCCACCACACCCACAGCUACCAGCUUUACAGCCAUCCCCUCUUCCUCUAUGGGGACCACCUGGACCCUCACAGCACAGACCAUCACACCCACAGCCACCAUGUCCACAGCCAGACCCUCCUCCACUCCAGAGACUGCCCAUAUUACAACAGUGCUUACCACCACGGCCACCACAACGACCACUGGCUCCAUGGCCACCCCCUCCUCCACCCAGAACAGCCCGCACACUACCAAAGUGCUGACUACUACAACCAUGGGACGGCACCACACUCUGAAAGUGACCCCGGGCAAUGCCACUACACCCGCAACCAGUGCAGCCCGCUGCGGACUUCUCCUCUAUCCCAGGGACCACCCACACCCCCGGCCAGUGCUGACUAACACCACCACAACUGUGCUGCAUUGGCUGGUUGGCAAACAAUUCUCCUCUGGCCACAGACCGCUGGUACACACCUCAGCACUGGCCACCACUUCUUAAUGCUAAUAAUCUCCACGUGCUUGGUGAGGGGGCUCCACCACCACCCCGUCCUCCACACCCAGGACAACUCCCAUCUCCCCAGUGCUGACCACCACUGCCACCACACCUGCAGCCACCAGCACCAAGCUCCUCCUUUCUGCCCUAGGGAACACCCAACCCCCAGCACUGUCCACCAUGGCCACCACACAUGCUAUCCAACUGCCCCAGAGCCCCGCACGUACCACAGCCUGGACUUCCCCCACAGGCCACCUCGGCACCACCCACAUCACAGAGCCAUCCACAGUGACUUCAAACCCAGAAACCACCGGUACCACCCUCCCACACCUGACUCCAGCUUGUUCCAGCCCUACACUUCACAGCAGAACCACUGAGUCACCUCCUUUCUCCAGGGAAGACCACUCCGGGCCUCCCACCACGGCCACUUCCAGGACCAUGGCCACGGCCAACCAGGAGAUUCGCACCUCAACCCUCCUGCUGCCCAGCAGCCCACAUCGCCCUCCCUACGCACCCCGGUGGUGUUCCACGGGCUGUGAGCCCCAGUGCUGGUCAGACUGGCUGGACUACAGCUACCCCACGUUGGGGCCCUCUGGCGGGGACUUGGAGACCUACUCCAACACCCCGCGCGGAGGGGCCGCAGAGCAGCCCCUGGGGCUCGGCCGCGCCCAGGCUCAGCCUGGUGUCCCCUGCAGUGAGUUGGGCCAGGUGGUGGGCAGCCUGGACGCCGGCCUGGUCUGCAGGAACCGCCAGCAGGUGGGGCGCCUGGGAGACAGUUUCAGUUCACAACUGGUGUUCUGUUGCACUACGGCCGCUGCCUGUUACACUCCUGCCACCAGCCUCCACAGCCAUGCCUCCUCCACUCCGGGCGACUGGGAUCCUCACACAGAGCCACUCACUGCAGCUGCCACAACAGUGGCUACAGGCUCCACAGCCAUGCCCUCCUCCACCCGGGACCAUCUGGAUACGCUGGCUCCACAGUCACCCUCCUCCACCCCAGCAACUGCUGCCACCUCUAGAAUGCUGACCACUAUGGCCACUUCAACGGGGCCAAUGGGCUCCAUGGCCACCUCCUCCUCCAGCCCAGGAACAGCUCACACCACCAAAAACACGGCCACAGGCUCCACCACCACCUCUGCCUACCCAGGGACAACUCCCCAUCUCCCCUCAAGCCCCAUGACGCCUCUCACGACCCCAGUGGUGUCCAUUUGCUGUGAGCCCUGGUGUGCCUGGUCAGACUGGCUGGAUCACAGCUACCCACGUUGGGGGCCUCUGGCGGACUUGAGACAUACCCAACAUCCGCGCGCUGGAGGGCUGCCUGGAGCAGCCCCUGGGCCUCGUGAGUGCCGCGCCCAGGCUCCAGCCUGUGUCCCCUGCAGGAUGGGCUGUGUGGUGGAGUAGCCUGACGCUGGCCUGGUCUGCAGGAAACUGGGCCAGCAGGGUGGGAAGUUCGCGAUGCUUUCAACUACAAUCCGUGUUCUGCUGCACCAGCGCCGCUGCCCUGCGACCCCCUGGGCUACUCAGCUCCACAGCCACGCCUCCUCCACUCUGGGGAACUGGGAUCUCACAGAGCCGAGCACUGCAGCCGUCACAACAGUGGCUACAGGCUCCACAGCCAUGCCCUUCUCCACCUGGGACCACUUGAUACUCACAGAGCCAACCACUACAGCCAUCACAGCAGUGGUCACGGGCUCCACAGCCAUCCCCUCCUCCUCUACCCCAGGACUACUCAAACACCAAAGUGUUUCCACCACAACUGCAAAGACUGAAGCCACUGGCCUCCACGGCCAACCUCUCCCUCCACCCCAGGGACCACCGCUCACAGCCAACUUCUCCACUCCUGGGACACCGAUCCUCACAGAGCCAACCACAACUACUACGACUGUGGCCACUGGCUCCACAGUCACCCCUCCUCCACCCCAGGAACUGCCCCAGAAUUUGACCACCAUGGCCACGAAAACCCAUGCCACUGGCUCCAAAGCUACUCCCUCUACCUCAGUCCAGGGACUGCAUCCACUCCUUCCAGUUGUGCUGACAAGCACAGCCACCACACCUACAGCUACCAGCUUUACAGCCAUCCCGUCCUCCUCCCUGAGAACCACUUGGAACCUCACGGCACAGACCACCGCACCAAAGGCCACCCUGUCCACAGCCAGACCCUCCUCCACUCCAGAGACUGCUCAUAUUUCCACAGUACUUACUACUACCACCACAACUGGGGCUACUGGCUCCAUGGCCACCCUCCUCACCUCAGGAACAGCUCACACCUCUAAAGUGCUGACCACCAUGGCCAUCACCACAAGCCCCACAGCCACCUCCUCCUCCAGCCCAGGGACUGCAGCACCUUACAGCACUAUCACCACAACCACUACACCCACAACCAGUGGCUCCACAGUGACCCUCCUCCAUCCCGGGACCACCUCACCCCACAGUGCUGACCUCAACACCACCACAACCGUGGCCACUGCCUCUAUGGCAACCCCUCCUCUAGGCCUACAGACCACUGUACUCCCCAGCACUGCCACCACGGUCACGACAAUCACGCCACAGGCCUCACCACCAAAUUCUCCCUACCCAGGGACAACAACUCCCAUCUCCUCAGUGCUGACCACCACGGCCACCACACCUGCAGCCACCAGCACCACAGUGGCUCCCUCCUCUGCCCUAGGGAUCACCUUACACCCACAGAAUUACUUUGCCACAACCAGUGAGACCCGCACUUCAACCCUGCUGCCCAGCAGCCCCACAUCGGCCCCCCACGACCUCGGUGGUGUCCACGGCUGUGAGCCCCAGUGUGCCUGGUCAGCUGACUACAGCUACCCCACGUUGGGGCCCUCUCCUGGCGGGGACUUGAGACAUACUUCCAACAUCCGCGCGGCUGGAGGGGGCCGCCCCCAGAGCAGCCCCUGGGCCUCGCAGCGCCGCGGCCCAGGCCCAGCCUGUGUCCCCCUGCAGGAGUUGGGCCAGGUGGUGAGCAGCCUGGACGCCUGCCUGGUCUGCAGGAAACUGGUCAGCAGGUGGGGAAGCUCAAGAGGCUUCAACUACGAAAUCCAGGUGUUCUGCUACCACGGCCGCUGCCCCAGCACCCCGGCCACCAGCUCCACAGCCUGCCCCUCCUCCACCUCGGGACGCAAUGGGAUCCUCACAGAGCGUGAGCACUGUGCUGCCACAACAGUGGCCACAGGCUCCACCAUGCCUCUUUCCACCCCAGGGACCACCUGGAUCCUCAGAAGCCAACCACAACAUUGACCACUUAACUGGGCUAAUGGUCCCACACAGUCACCCUCCUCCACCCCAGCAACUGCUGCCACCUCAGAAUUGCUGACCACCAUGGCCACGAAACCCACAGCCACUGGCUCCAAAGCCACUCCCUCCACCAGUCCAGGGACUGCAUACUUUCCAGUUGUAAAGACAAGCACAGCCACCACACCCACAGCUACCAGCUUUACAGCCAUCCCGUCCUCCUCCCUGAGAACCACUUGAACCCUUGCGCCGGCACAGACCACCCACCAACGGCCAAGCACCCUGUCCACAGCCACGCCCUCCACUCCAAGGACCACCCACACCUCCACAGCGCUAACCACCACGGCCACCACAACCCAGGCCACUGGCUCCACGGCCACCCUCCUCUCACCUCCUCCUCUCAGGAACAGUUCACAUUACUCCAAAGUGCUGACCACCAUGGCCGUCACCUUUCACAAGCUCCACAGCAACCCCUCCUCCAGCCCAGGGACUGCAGGCACCCUUACAGCACUUAUCACCACAACCACCACACCCACAACCAGUGGCUCCACAGUGACCCCCUCCUCCAUCCCGGGACCACCUCACCCCCACAGGACCACCAUUGGGUUCCCCACAGUGCUGACCAACACCACCACAACUGUGGCCACUGGCUCUAUGGCAACACCCUCCUCUAGCCCACAGACCACUGGUACACCCCCAGAACUGGCCACCACGGUCACGACAAUCACGGCCACAGGCUCCACCACACCCUCCUCCACCCAGGACAACUCUAUCUCCCCUGUGCUGACCACCAUGGCCACCACACCUGCAGCCGCCAGCACCACAGGAACCACCGUACCACCUCACACUCGACUGCAACCCCUGUCCAGUCCUCACACUCACAGUAGAACCACUGAGUCACCCCUUUCUCCAGGGAAGACCACCCUGGGCCUCACCACGGCCACCUCCAGGACCAUGGCCACAACCAGUGAGACCCGCACCUCAACCCUGCUGCCCAGCAGCCCCACAUCGGCCCCCACGACCCUGGUGGUUCCACGGGGCUGUGAGCCCCAGUGUGCCUGGUCAGACUGGCUGGACUACAGCUACUCCCAUGUUAGCUCCUCUGGCGGGACUUUGGAGACACACCAACAUCCGCGGCUGGAGGCUGCCUGUGAGCAGCUGGGCCUCGUAGUGCCGGCCUGUGCCCAGCCUGGUGUCCUCUGCAGUGAGUUGGGCCAGGUGGUGAGCAGCCUGGACGUCGGCCUGGUCUGCAGGAACCGUCAGCAGGUGGGGAAGUUCAAGAUGUGUUUCAACUUUAAAUCCGUGUUCUGCUGCAACUGCCGCUGCCUCAGCACCCCGGCCACCAGCUCCACAGCCACGCCCUCCUCCACUGUGGGUCAACCUGAUCUCACGGAGCCAACCACUACAGCUAUCACAACAGUGGCCACAGGCCCACAACCAUCCCCUCCCUCCACCCGGGACCACCGCAAUCCUCACAGAGCCAACCACUACAGCCACUCAACAGACAACCUCGAUCCUCACAGAGCCAACCACUACAGCUAUCACAACAGUGGCCACGGGCUCCACGGCCACACCCGCCACUCCGGGACGCCAGAUCGUCACGAUGACCCGAUCCUCACAGAGCCGACCACUACAGCCAUCACAACAGUGGCCACAGGGUCCACGGCCAUCCCCUCCUCCACUCCAGGUGACCCGAUCCUCACAGAGCCACUCACUACAGCUUUCAUCACAAUAGUGGCCACAGGCUCCAUGGCCAAUGUCUUCUGGCCUGGGACGACUGGGAUCCUCACAGAGCCCACCACUACAGCCAUCACAACAGUGGCCACGGGCUCCACGGCCAUAUCCACGGCCAUGCCCUCCUCCACUCUGGGCCGACUCAGGAUCCAGACAGAACCAGCCACCACUGCUACCAUAACUGUGGCCACCAGCUCCACAGCCACGCCUCCUCCACUCCAGCGCGACCCGGAUCCUCACAGAGCCAACCACUACAACCAUCACAACAGUGGCCACAGGCUCCACGGCCACGCCCUUCUCCACUCGGGACGACUGGGAUCUCAGAGCCAACCACUACAAACCAGACGCAACACUCCAUGGCCACGCCUCCACUGGGACGCCACUGAUCCUCACAGAGCCAACCACUACAGCCAUCACAACAGUGGCCACAGGCUCACAACCAUCCUCCUCUUACCCGGGGACCACCGCGCAAUCCUCACAGAGCCAACCACUACAGCUAUCACAACAGUGGCCACGGGCUCCACAGCCAUCCCCUCCUCCACUCCAGGGACUACUCAAAUCAUCAGAAGUUUUUCCCACCACAACCGCAAUGACUGCAGCCACUGGCUCCACGGCCAACCCCUCCUCUCCACCCCAGGAACUAUGGCCAAUGGGCUCCACAGCCAUACCUCCGCCUUGGGGACCACCACCGGGAUCCACACAGAACCAACCACCACUGCUACCAUAAGUGUGGCCACCAGCUCCACAGCCACGCCCUCCUCCACUCCGGCGUCAACUUGGUUCCUCACAGAGCCGACCACUCUAGCCACCCCGACUGAGGCCACUGGCUCCACAGCCACCACACCCACAGCGCCCAGCUCCUCAGCCACCCCCUUCUCCAGCCCAGGGACUACAGGCAACCUUCCAGUGCGGACCACUACAGCAACCACGACCAUGGCCACUAGGUCUACGGCCAUCCCCUCCUCCACUGUGGGAACAGCUCGCACCCCCAAAGUGCUGACCACCACAGCCACCAGGCCCACAGCCACUGGCUCCACGGUUCCCAGCUCGUCCACCCUGGGGACCACCCACACCCCCACAGUGCUCUCCAGCAGCCUGCCAGCCUUCAGUGUGUCCACUGUGUCCUCCUCAGUCCUCACCACCCUAAGACCCACUCACUUCCCCAGCUCCCACUUCUCUACUCCCUGCUUCUGCAGGGCAUUUGGACAGUUCUUCUCACCUGGGGAAGUAAUCUACAAUAGGACAGACCGAGCUGGCUGCCAAUUCUAUGCCGUGUGCAACCAGCACUGUGACCUCGACCGCUUCCAGGGCACCUGCCCCACCUCCCCACCACCAGCAUCCUCCAUCCCGCUGCCCUUGCCCUCCCCUGCGCCUGGCUGUGACAAUGCCAUCCCUCCGCGGCAGGUGAAUGAGACCUGGACCCUGGAGAACUGCACGGUGGCCAGGUGCGUGGGUGACAACCGUGUCGCCCUGCUGGACCCAAAGCCCGUGGCCAACGUCACCUGCGUGAACAAGCACCUGCCCAUCAAAGUGUCGGACCCGAGCCAGCCCUGUGACUUCCACUAUGAGUGCGAGUGCAUCUGCAGUGUGUGGGGCAGUUCCCACUAUUCCACCUUUGAUGGCACCUCCUACACCUUCGGGGGCAACUGCACCUAUGUCCUGAUGAGACAGAUCCACGCACGCCUUGGGAAUCUCAGCCUCUACUUGGACAACCACUACUGCGCGGCCUCUGCCACUGCCGCCAGCUGCUCCCGCGCCCUCAGCAUCCACUACAAGUCCAUGGAUAUCGUCCUCACCGUCACCACAGUGCAUGGGAAGGAGGAGGACCUGAUCCUGUUUGACCAAAUUCCGGUGAGCAGCGGUUUCAGCAAGAACGGCGUGCUUGUGUCUGUGACGGGGACCACCACCAUGCGCGUGGACAUUCCUGCCCUGGGUGUGAGCGUCACCUUCGAUGGCCACGUCUUCCAGGCCCGGCUGCCCUACAGCCUCUUCCACAACAACACCGAGGGCCAGUGCGGCACCUGCACCAACAACCAGAGGGACGACUGUCUCCAGCGGGAUGGAACCACUGCCGCCAGCUGUAAGGACAUGGCCAAAACUUGGUUGGUCCCUGACAGCAGAAAGGACGGCUGCUGGGCCCCGACCGGCACGCCCCCCACUGCCAGUUCCCCGGCCCCGGUGUCUAGUGCACCCACCCCCAGCCCGUGCCCGCCGCAGCCGCUCUGUGAUCUGAUGCUGAGCCAGGUCUUUGCCGAGUGCCACGACUUUGUGCCCCCGGGCCCAUUCUUCAAUGCCUGCAUCAGCGACAGCUGCCAGGGCCGCCCCGAGGUGCCCUGCCAGAGCCUGGAGGCCUAUGCAGCACUCUGCCGCGCCCGGGGAGUGUGCAGUGACUGGCGAGGGGCAACUGGAGGCCUGUGCGAUCUCACCUGCCCACCCACCAAAGUGUACAAGCCGUGCGGCCCCAUACAGCCUGCCUCCUGCAACUCCAGGAACCAGAACCCACAACUGGAGGGGCUGGCGGAGGGCUGCUUCUGCCCCAAGGACCAGAUCCUCUUCAGCGCACACACGGACACCUGCGUGCAGGACUGCCCCUGCGUGGGACCUGACGGGCUUCCCAAAUCUCCCGGGCAGCAGUGGAUCAGCAACUGCCAGUCCUGCGUGUGUGAUGAGGGCUCAAUGUCAGUGCAGUGCAAGCCCCUGCCCUGUGAGGCCCAGAGUCCCCCCCUACCGUGCAGCCACCCGGGCUUCAUGACCGUGACCAGGCCCCGGGCCGACAACCCUUGUUGCCCCGAGACCGUGUGCGUAUGCAACACAAGCACCUGCCACCAGAGCCCACCUGCGUGCCCGCCAGGGCAGGAACUGAUCAGCACCCAGAAGGAGGGCGACUGCUGUCCCACCCUCCUCUGCAGACCUCAGCUGUGUUCCUACAAUGGCAUCUUCUAUGGGGUUGGUGCAAUCUUCCCAGGGGCCCUUCCCUGCCACAUGUGUACCUGCCUCUCUGGGGACACCCAGGACCCAACGGUGCAAUGUCGGGAGGACGCUUGCCACACUACUACCUGCCCCCAGGGCUUUGAGUACAAGAGCGUGGCUGGGCAGUGCUGUGGGGAGUGCGUGCAGACCGCCUGCCUCACGCCCGAUGGUCCGCCAGUCCAGCUGAACGAAACCUGGGUCAAUAGCCGUGUGGACAACUGCACUGUAUACCACUGUGAGGUCGAGAGCGGAGUCUAUUUGCUGACCCCACAGCCUGCAUCCUGCCCAGAUGUGUCCAGCUGCAGGGGGACCCUCAGGAAAAUCGGCUGCUGCUACUCCUGUGAGGAGGACUCCUGUCAGGUCCGUGUCAACACGACCGUCCUGUGGCACCAGGGCUGCAAGACUGAGGUCAACAUCACCUUCUGUGAGGGCUCCUGCCCCGGAGAGUCCAGGUACUCGGCAGAGGCCCAGGCCAUGCAGCACCAGUGCACCUGCUGCCAGGAGAGGCGGGUCCACGAGGAGACGGUGCCCUUGCGCUGUCCCGACGGCUCGACUGUCCUGCACACCUACAACCAUGUGGAUGAGUGUGGCUGCACGCCCUUCUGUGUCCCUGCGCCCAUGGCUCCCGUAUACCCCCCCGGCUUCCUGGCCCAGGAGGCCACUGCCGUCUGAGGAUGUUCUGCCUCCAUCCCCAUGCUCUGUCCACCUGGAGCCAGGACGUGCAUUGCCCGAUCAUGAAAACCUUGGGCCUGCUCUGCGGAGCCCCCCAGCCUCUGUGUGUGGCACCCCGUGCCUCUGUGCUCCUGCUGCCCACCCUGUGGGUGAAACCGGACCCCGGAAGGGUGAAGGGCCAGCAGGACCCCUUUCAGGAGGGCACCACUCAGGAGUCCUGUCCUGGGAGAGCCUGUGGCCCACCUUGGCCUUGCCCCUCCUUGAUGUCACUGGGACGCCCUGGAACAAGCUAAGCAUGUGCCGGCCUGUGUGUCCCUGCCAUGGCCAGAGUCCCCAUGCAACACGGAUUCUGGCUGGCCACAUCCGGCCACUGGGGCACAGACAGGCUGGUCCAGGCAAGGCCGGCUGCUGCCAGGAAGCUGCGCUAGGCCUGCCUGCUGCAGGGUACCUCGGGGCUGAGGUCACAACGGCCAGGUCAGAGAGAGGUCGGCAUCUCAAAGCACCCUCUGCUCAACCCAGCCCAGUUUUGCAAAUAAACGCUGAGCAUCGAGUA